AUGGCUGUCAAACACAGCUUCCAGACCCUCUUCGCCGUCCCGCUAUCCUGCGACGGCUGCGUCAAGUCUGUUUCAGACUCUCUCUACAAGCUCGACGGCAUCACCAAGGUUGAGGGAAACCUCAAGGACCAGCUGAUAUCAGUCGAGGGAUCUGUCGCACCAUCUGCCAUCGUUGAGGCCAUCCAGGCCACGGGGAGAGAUGCCAUCCUUCGGGGAUCCGGCGCUUCCAACAGCGCCGCUGUGAGCAUCCUGGAGACAUUCGCUGACCAAGCGGAGCACCAAGAGGAUGAUACCAGCCGGGAAGUGAGAGGCCUCGCUAGGAUGGUGCAAGUUAGCCCUGACCGGACAUUGAUCGAUCUAACAAUAAGGGGUGUUGCUCCCGGCACCUAUCGGGCAUCCAUUCGUGAGUACGGAGAUCUCAAGGACGGCGCUGAAUCUACUGGCCCAGUCUGGUCAGGGGGUGAAAAGGAGACGCCAAAGGGAUCUCUUGGAGUUGUCGAGGUAUCCAAGGACGGCCGCGGAUCUGCGUUUGUGGACCACGCUUUUCAGAUCUGGGAAGUCAUUGGCCAUGCCAUGGUUCUCACCAGACAGGAUGAGACUCAGCCGCUCAAGAAUGAUGACAACACUGUGGUUGGCGUCAUUGCACGAAGCGCGGGUAUGUGGGAUAACGACAAGACUGUCUGCUCCUGCACGGGCAAGACGCUGUGGGAGGAAAGAGAGGAUGAGGUCAAGAAGGGAAUGCUGUGA